CCACAGAUCUGAAUAAAACACACGAGAAAAGUAGCGAACUGGCAGAGAAAUCUUUUGAAGCAUUCAGCUCAAAUCGUCCCUAACUUAACAGCUAGGAAGAAGUGGAAUCAUGACAGGCCAGGCCUUAAAGUCAGCUCUCUUGUGGUGUUUGGUGGCCACACUGAUAUCUGGACAACCCUUUGAGGACAGGAAAGAUUCACACACAAUUCACCACGGAAAGAAACAAGAUUCGUUAAACAACCUGUACGAGACGAAACGACUAAUUAAAGAAGCUUCAUCGAAACGAAAUUUUGAUGAGAUUGACAGCGCCGGUUUUGGAGGAUUCGGGAAACGUAAUUUUGAUGAAAUUGACAGCGCCGGUUUUGGAGGAUUCGGGAAACGCAAUUUUGAUGAAAUAGACCGCGCUGGAUUCGGUGGAUUUCAUAAACGAAAUUUUGACGAAAUCGAUGGAGCUGGAUUUAACAACUUUGGUAAAAGAAACUUUGACGAAAUCGAUCGGGCUGGAUUUAAUGAUUUUGGUAAACGUUUCUUAUUCGUUUAUACAGCUCCCAAAAAACCUUUUCAUACAGCUAGAAAUAUUCGAUUGAAAAAACGCAGUUUUGAUGAGAUUGACCGAGCUGGAUUUGGAGGACUCAAAAGAUAUAAAUUUCUCUAGAGAUAUAUGUUUUAAACUAAACAAUAACAGUUACAAAAACGUCGAGUUAAAGAAGUCUUCAUGAAACAUUCAUAAAUUUGUUGCCUUGAUUCCAGUGCUGAUGGAUUUGUUGCGAAGUAAUUUAUUAUUAACUAUUUAUGUAAUAUGAAAUAAUUUCAGUAUUUAGAUAACUUAGGUUAUCAAAUGUAUAUUUUCUAGACUCUCUCUCUUCUUUUUUUUUUUUUUAGUUUUCAUAUAAACGUAUUUAAUAAUAUGAUCAUUUUCUCAUUGAGUUUCGUUUGAAUUACAUUUUGUGAUAAAAGAAAUGUUAUAUUACUAGAUACAACAUAAACAUCACUAAGAAUUUGUAUUUAUUUAUUUAUUUAAUAAUAUAAAGAUUUAUUUUUGGAUAUAUACUUUUGAUCCAUUUAAUGGUGUUAACUUAAGUAUACUUUUAUUUCCGUGUAAAAAAAAAUGUUUUAUAUGCUUAUUUAUAAUUGCUUUUACAUGUUUUCACGAGAUUGUUUUCGAUCUUUGCGUGGAGUUGAAUUUCUAUAGUGUGUGACCAGCAAUGGUAGUGAUUUCCUUUUGUAAAUCAUUAACUUAAAUAACUAUUUUGUUCAUAAAAUCUGCUUAUCUUUGUUAUUAAUGACGUAAAUUUCAGUGUUGAUUCAUUGUGAAAAUUCUUAAGACUUGAACAGCUCAAAGACUAAAAACUAUUCUACAAUUUCAAGAUUUAUGAAAUUGGAUUAAUAAAGAACUUCAAUGCCCUCUAGAAAAUUAAACUGAACAAUAUUAUUAAAGCUUAGUAUUUUAAUAACAACCAAAGAUGAAUUAAUAAAAAAUUAGAUUAAAUUCAUAUUCAUUUGCGUUUUUUAGUGUAUCUAAUUAGAUAAAUAAAAAAUAUUGAGCAGAAGCA